AAAUGAGAAACAUCAUCAAGAUACAUUCUACCAGGCUCGAUGAUAUUUGUCAUAGUGAAUGGUGGAGUUCUUACCGCUACGGUCGUAACCCUGUGUCUAGUUAGGCACAUGUAGUUUCCUCCAUCCGGUAACGUUUUUAAUUAAAAUUCAGAAUGAGUUGUGGACGCUUGGAACCAGUGCCAGAAGUUGACAAGAUAUCUUUCCCUGCAGAGGAAGAGAAAGUUUAUGAAUUUUGGAAGAAAGUUGAUGCUUUUCAUACCUGUCUGAAACAGAGUAAAGAUAGACCAAAGUUUACAUUCUAUGAUGGUCCUCCCUUUGCCACAGGCCUUCCCCAUUAUGGGCACAUAUUAGCAGGAACAAUUAAGGAUGUUGUGACCCGAUGGGCUCAUCAGACAGGACAUCAUGUAGAACGUCGGUUCGGUUGGGACACUCAUGGCCUUCCAGUGGAAUAUGAAAUUGAUAAAACCCAUGGAAUUUCUGGACCUGAAGAUGUGGCAAAAAUGGGAAUAAAGAAAUAUAAUGAGCUUUGCAGAGGUAUUGUUAUGAGGUACGCCGAUGAAUGGGAAACCAUUGUGUCAAGAUUGGGAAGGUGGAUUGACUUCAGAAAUGAUUACAAAACGCUCUAUCCUUGGUAUAUGGAGACCAUUUGGUGGAUAUUUUCACAGCUAUAUCAGAAGGGCUUUGUGUAUCGUGGCUUCAAGGUGAUGCCUUUUUCAACAGCUUGCUCCACACCCCUCUCAAAUUUUGAAGCUGGCCAAAAUUACAAAGACACUCAAGAUCCUUCAGGUUAGCUUCAAUAUUUAAUU